AUGCCUCCCACCCUCACCCCCUUCAACCCACCCCUCGGGCCCCAACCCCCCAGCACCGCCCUCUACCACCCCAACCAAGUCACCCUCGCCCUCAAAGAGCACGUCUUUACCCUCUCCGGCGACGACUUCACCGUCAAAACCGCCGAAGGUCUCGACAUCCUGCAAGUCAAAGGCAAAGCCUUCUCCAUCCGCGACCAGAAGAAGUUCUCCGACAUGCGCGACAACGAGCUCUUCACGCUCUCGAACAAGAUGAUGGCCAUCUCCAAGUCCUUCCACGGGACGAGCCCGAAUGGCACAGCGAAUUUCGAAGUCACGGGCAAGAUCAAGUUGAUGGGGAGUCGGAGUGUGGUCACGUUCAAGAAUGCGAGUGAUGGGAAGGACGUGGAGAUGGAGGUGAAGGGGGAUUGGUUGGACAGGAGUGCGGAGAUCACGUAUCAGGACAAGCCGGUCGCGGCGAUUUCGAGGAAGUUUUUCAAUGCGAGGGAGUUCUUUGGGGACAAGCAGACGUACUUCGUCACCGUCGCUGGUAACGUCGACUUGAGCUUAAUCGCCGCCUGCUGCGUUGCGCUCGACGAGAAGGAGAAUGAGAGCUAG